CUUACAUUGGAUUAAUUGGACGAGACACAGUCGUGCAACUAACUGCCUCCUUAGUUGAUGAUCUUGGGCAUGUUACAUCAACAUUUGUAACCGUCAGGCAUGACGAUCACCAAUUCAGCGGCGCCUGCUUAACACAAGACUAUUGCGCUUACUAACUUCUCGAUGGAUUUGUGACUUUCCUUUUUGUUUGUCAUUUUCAUUGCCAUAGAGGCACUUCGGUUCCCGGAUCAUAUCUGACUAACUGCCGUAGACUAACUCAAAUGCUAGCUCAGCAGAAACCGCUCUAUACUUCGUUUUCGUUACCUAGCAUUUGUUAAAAACAUUUGUGAGAUAGCUUUCCGGCCUCGUCAUUUCUAUCUCGUGUUCUCAUCACUAAGCUGCAGUCAGUCAGGCAUCCGUUUUAGCUCCAGUCUGCAGCUACGAGAGUGCUUUUAGUCGAUAGAUGACAGCUCAUGUCUUCUAUUUUCAGCCUUUGUUAUCUAGUCAUUCCAAGUGAUCGACUACAUGGAGUCUUGUACAUUAUCUCCAAACUGCAGGUUUAAAAGUGCUAAUGAAGGCGUUAUCGUCGAAUGGAAGUCACCUCCGAAGUCUAUUUUGGUGGUACACAAGUUUUGCGAUGAUACUGUUAUUGAGCGUCUAAAGGAACUAGUCAAAUUUAUCUUACAAACCUGGAACGUAACAGUCUUCUUGGAACCCGAAACAGUUCUACUAUUGCAGAAUGAUACACGUUUCCGAACCAUCCUCGGUCGAUAUGCUUCACAUGUCCCCGUCGAUGAUGAUGAUGAUCGCCUAACGUCUCCUUCACCAACAGACAGUUUGUCGGACGCCGGAUGCGAAUACAACGGCACUGUUCAAAUGUUUGCUGGUCCUCUGGCCAAUGAUAUUGACCUAGUGGUUUGUCUAGGCGGCGAUGGAACUCUUCUUAAAAUCGGAUCAAUUUUUCAAGGUUGUGUCCCUCCUGUGCUUCCCUUCCACUUGGGCACCUUCGGGUUCCUGACCCCGCUUCCGUUCAAAUCCUAUCGACGCUCCUUGCGCUAUGCAAUCGACGGCUCUCCUCAGUGUCUGAUGCGGGCACGUUUAUGUUGUCAGAUUUUGCGAGCUGUUUCCGACGAUGAUAAACGCAAUGGAACACCUGGGUCCGAUUCGUCGUCAGGCAACGGCACUCCGGACAAAGAGUACCACUUUCUCAACGAACUGGUUGUCGAUCGCGGUCUUUCUCCCUGCCCUUGUGAUCUGAUCGUCAAAGUCAAUGGCCGUGUUGUAACCCAUUUUGAAGGAGAUGGCCUGAUUGUGAGUACGCCGACUGGUAGCACAGCCUACUCCAUGGCAACAGGAGCAAGCAUGCUACAUCCGUGUGUUCCUGCUUUCCUUUUGACCCCGAUAAAUUCACUCACUCUGAGCUCUCGUGCGAUUGUGUUACCUACGUCUUUGUGCAUGGAGAUCUGUAUCAAUCCAACGGCUCGCUGCAAGGUGGCCCAUUUUUCAUUUGAUGGACGUUCACGCGCUUCUAAUCUGAUUCGUGAUGGUGACUCCAUCUUGAUCAAAAGCUCUUCUUACCCUAUGCCAUGUCUGUCAGGCACUGACCAGGAAGUGGAUUGGUUCUCCGGCCUACACUGCUUAUUGAAUUGGAAUUCCAGAUCAAAGUACGAUUUGCUUCUCGAAACAGAUUCGGUUAUCCCAAGAGAGAACUCAUAGAUCCUUUUUUCCAUGCCUUUUCCCGUAAACCCAACGUCAUAAUGUCGCUACUUCUCAACUGUCUUGAUGCUGCAGAUGAUAUUUUAUGUGUCCACCUCUCCCAUUCUUCUCUAUUGGCUGUGGCUGUUUGCUCAGUUUCUAUUCCAAUUGUUCAUUUGAAUGUGCGGAAUCUCUUGUUAUCUUUUUUUUACUCUGUCCUAAAUGUUAUUGCUCACUUGAAUAUUUUCCUCGCUCCGUUGGUAAUAAUUCUUUUUUAAUCACCAGCGCAUUGUGACAAAUU